GAUGCAUGAUGUGAAAUUCCCAAAGAAUACAAAAAAUUAAACACAAAAUCAAUGGGCCUCUAGCCAGGGAGAAGGAACUACAGCAGCUUUUGUGCAGGAGAACCACCCAGGUGUGGGGCUGCUUUCAAGCUUGGCCAGGUAGCAGCUACUGCAGCCUUGGCUGGACUCCAUCUGGCCCAGACAACACUCAGAACACUGCUGGGUUAGCUGUCAUGUGUAGUGAUGGAUAAUGGCUGUGGCCUGAUUUUUGAGGAGGCAUGGAUCCACUGCAGUGUGCUGUGGUCCUGUGUGAGUCCUAGGUACAUAUGAGGUGGUGAGGAUAGCACACAUCAGCUUAUAUGCUGGAGUAGACCAGACUUGGCACCUACAUCUUCCCAAGCAGUGUGGCCUAUAGGUCAGGGAAGCUGCAUCCUUAUUCCGGAUCAUUGGAUUGGUGAUAGUGGUGAGGCAGUCAAGGAAAUGUUUGAUUCUGGGAUCCUAGCAUGGGCUCUUAGGCAAAAUUAUAGAGUUCCAGAAUAGGCUGGGUGGGAACAUACAGGCCUCCUGUGUUUACAAGUCUCCCCCUGUUGUGGGAUAUUUUGAUCACACUUUGACACUCCCGAGACUGACAAAGUUAAACCUUGAGUCAGAGGGUGGCAUCAACAUUCAGCUGGCUAAAAUUAGAGGUUUUGGUGGACCCAGAUUAGGAUAGACACAGGAAGGAAUAGGGAGGGGCUUAGACUCUCGGGCUUUUUAAAUCUGGAAGUGUGGAGAGACAGGGUCAGUUGAUAGUCCCUCCAUCAGUCUUUGGAUUUAUCAGAUUUUACCCCAAUAUAGGACUCCCAAGUUUUAUUUACUAAUAGAACAAUGUAAGUAAUCAUUUCCUCUGGUGCUUGAACAUAUCCAAUGUUUUUGUCAUAAAAUGAGUCUAACUAAACCUGGUGACAGCAACUCCAGCUCUUCAGUGGUAUCUCACAGCACUAGAGAACUAUCCCCCAUGAUACCCUUCCCCAAGGGGCUCCUUCCAAUCCUGCAUGCCACCCCAGGCACCAACACAGCUCCACUCCACAGAUCUCAGGAAGCAGCACUGGUAGUGUCACAGCCCACACCUGCAGGUCCAGCACCGUGGAAGCAAGGACAGGGGUGGUUUUCCUAGUUCCAGCCCAUCCUGGAUCACACAGCAAGACCCUAUCUCAAAACCAAGGGCUGUGAAUGUGGCUCAGUGGGAGUGCUGAUGCAGAACCUGCUGGGAUUGGAACCCAGCACUGGAGGAAAACACCAAAAAGGUGUGUAUGUUAGAGGCAGACCUUUCCAUAUGGGGGCAGAUCCUGUGGUUCUGGGUGUGUGUGUGUGGGUCCUUUCUGUACCCCAGGGAUCUUACACAGUUCUUGUCUCCACGUAUCUGUAUCCACUUGUCCUCAACAUGGCUCUCUAUUAGAAUUAAACUCUUAAAAACUCUUGAUGCACUCAUCAACUUAACAAUCACUGGAGGAGGAACCAAAGAGUUGGUGUGUUUAAAGCUCCCUAGAUGGCUCCAUCAUGCAGCUAAGGUUGGAGCCACUGUCCUCUUCUUUGAGCUCAGUUAACUUCUCCAGAGCUGUGUAUGGAAUAAGGCAUCCGGGACUUCCACCUUGAUUGCAUUCUGAGGGUAAUUCUUUGGGUUUUGUCUCUUUCUGUACAUCUGCCCCGUGUUGUUUGGUAGAGACAAUACCCCAAAGAGUUAGCCAAAAGGACUUCACGAAAACCUGUUCAGAUAUAGAGACUACAACACACAACAAACACUUUAUGAAGUUUAACUCAUGCUCCAAGACAAACUGUAGCAAAGGUUCACAUAUUUGUGUUCUUACCAUCAGGUCAGCAUUGCUCUGAGUACAUUAUGUGUGCCAUUCAACACAUUCUGUUCUGUUCGAGGUCGAGUGCAAGGCAAAUGAGCUAAUGGGUCUUCAGGACCACUUGACCACAGAACACAUCAAACACACACCACAACAAAUGCUGAAUGCCUUUAUCAUCCCAUGUUUUCUCACUUGCCACUAAAGUCUCUACAAAAGCUUUACAAACAUUCUGUUCCAAGUGUUCAAGGUGGCUAAAAAUUGAGAACUCAGCAGAAGUCUGGUGGGUUCUGUUGCCUUGUUAAGCCAAGUUCCUAUUAUUAAGAGAUGUCCAGUCAGUAUCAUGUGGAAUAAUUAAACUAAUUUGGUAAGAGGAUAUGCUGAUACUCAUGCAAGAGACAAGAAAGGGCUAGCUCCUCAAGAAUGAGGGGAUGGCGAGAAAAUAGUCCUUGAAAGGACUGUGCAUUUUUUCAUACAGCAUGGGCUUUCACAACCCUAGGCAGUGAGUGUUCAGGUAAUCCUUGUGUGUGUACACAUGUUCAUGCAUGUGUACAUGCACAAGUGUGUGGAUGCAAGUGGAGGUCUGAGCCAUCUCUCUACCUCCAGCAUUCAGGAGUAACAAAUUACUCCAAGCUCCACCUUUCAAUUUGUGAAUUUGUAAUUAGGUGAGUGCUCAGCAGGAACAGUGUCUCUGCUUCAGGAGGGUUCAAGGGGGGUGGGAACAUCAACCAUGAUAGGUCACUCAUGCUUUCCUCUGGCCACUGCAGAGCAACCCUCGUGGCCUAGAUAUCUCACUCAGUGCCCCAGGCUGGCUUUGAGUUGGAACAGAAAACUCUUGCUGUAAAAACACAGCUCUCCAUGUCCCUUCCCCAUUCCAACAGGAGCUGUGUCUGUACUUGGGGAGAAGCCAAGCACAGCAAAAGAUUUCAACAGAGAACUGAGGAAACACCCCCACUGAGGUUCUCAUAGCAACAUAAUCACGCACAGCAGCAGCCUAUUUCGGUGGGAGCCUGCUUCAGCUCCCCUCCUCCCCUGUUAGUCACAGAAUGGAUGAACAAGCAGAAGGAGUGUGGGGUGGAGACAGUGUUGGGUUGAAAGUCGGGAGGCUGGAGAGCUGGUUUCAGAGGCUUCCACAGCUUGUCAAAGGAUCAUAGACAAAUGUCCCCUUUUCUCUGAUCUAGGGGCCUUACCUGCAAGAGGACUGGCCCAAUGUGUGGGUGGGGAUCUUGCUUUUCUAGUCUUGUUUGAUUGUACAAGUAUUGAACCUCUUUUGAUCUAGCAUCUCAGAGUGUUUUUUUUUUUUUUUUUUUUAAUCUGGGAGAAGGUGCUUAGAAAACAGGAGGUACCAGAGGGUAAGAGUCACUCUUUAGAUACACUUAUACCCCGCUCUCCUAUAUAACUUUUGGAAGAAUGGCAGGAUGGUAGUGAAGAAGGACCAGGUAUUGCCAAAGAUCUGCUCAUUUGCACCCAACUCAAAUUCAGGUCUGUGGACUGAGAAUGCUGAGGUUAUUCAUUUGAAUUUACUCUUGUUCGGAGCAUAUAAUAAAUGUGGCUCAGUUAACCCACGCUUCUUGCUGCGUUUUCUUUAAUCCUUCUCAUUCUUCAUCGUCUCCUCUUUCCGUUUUUCACUUCUCACCCCCACUUAUAGCAGUGUCUCUUCUCUUUGCCGGAGGAUCUGGUCUGAUGGAGGAAUUCAUCAUGCUGAGCCUGGUUUGGCCCUUUUCCUCAAUGGAUCCGGGUUAGAUGAGGACAGUCACUCUUACAAUUUCUGGCUACCAAAGGUUAUGAUCAGAAUAAGCAGGACAUUUGGAUUAGAUAAGUCAAAGAGGGACCAAAAUGAAGAGAGUAGAAUGCUCCAGGGCCAUCUGUGAGGUCCCUGUCCCUGACCUGUGGACUGGAAAACCUGAACGUUCAGUUGUCUUUGAGAUAGCCAGUUAAAGUGUCCUGAGUCCGGCCUCCUUCCCCCAUUGUUCUAUCCCCCAGUGCCUGACAGAUGGCCCGAAAGAGAGAAAAAAGCUCUCAAAGUGAAGACAGGAAUGCAUUGUAUAAAAAUUCACACCCCCCGCUGCCGCCCAAACUCCCUUAAAAAAGGAUCCAGAGAAUCCUAAUGGGUACGUGACAUCCUCACAGCUCUCUCCCAUAAAAGGGACUUCAAGAUCUGGUGAUGGUGGGGGGAGGGGUCGGGAAGGGGGAAGGAGAAAUAUGUGGGCCUAGGGUAGGGGGGCUGUCAGGCAAGACAGGGAUAGGAAGCUAGACCGCAAGCCCUUUCAUUACUUGUUCCUGAUCGUUUUCCCAAGCCACCUCGAGCGGCCACCUUCACCCCAACCCGGUCCUCCUGAGAGGGGUUUGAAGCCCUUUCUGUCUUGGGCUCCGAGGGUGAAGGAAAGGCUAGAUAGAGACGGCCUAUUCAGUCCUAGAGUUGAAGGAGUUAAGGACUCCCCCCCGCCCCCCACCCAGACACCCAUCCUUUCACUCCCCAAACCGUAAUCCACGAAGGAUCCAGGAAUCGCCCGGGAGGAGGGGUGGGGGAAGACGACGAAGACGGGGGUAACGGUGGCCGAGUCUUGCCCCGAGCUUGCCCUAGCUAGGAGGACUUGCACCAGGGCUGAGAACCUCCAACAGCCUCGCGGACGCAAGCUUCCGGGAGCCUGGCGCGCGGCCCUGCGGCGUGCGCUCAGCCCUAGCCCCCGCGCCAGGUGUGCGCCGCGCCAGGAGCGGAGCGGAGCACAGGCGGCCCCCAGACCCCGCGGUCCCGGGCACGGGGGCGGGCUGGGGGUCCCCGCCGUCAGCGCCCCGCCACCGCUCGCUCCCGCGCACCUCCCACCCCGCCCCCACUCACCCGCUCAGCCCCCGGGAGCGCCGAGCAGGACGCGUGUUGCUUCGCCCAGCGAUCGGCAGAAGUUGGGAGAGUUGGCGUCCGCCUCCCGCCUGCCGGACUUCGGAGCCGCCGCUACAGCCGGCGAGCCCGCGGGGCCGCCUCCCUCCCGCCCAGCCCGCCGCGCAGGGGAGAGGGGCGCGGAGGGGGUCGCCAGCUCGACCAGAACUUGGAAGUGUGCGAAGGGAUGCGAGGCAGAUGAGGAGCGAGGAAACGUGAACAAAGUGGCGACCGCAGGAGGGACUCCACGGAGCUCGAUUGUCGCGGAGGACGCUCUGGGAGAGGGGCUGGCUGGGGAUUUUUUAUACCCCUUCCUCUCGCAUUCUUUGGCUCUCUUUUAAAGCCACACCAGCCCUCUCUCUUUCUUUACUAUCUCGAAUCCCCAAACCCUUGCUGGCUCUUAUGGGCAUGAAACACUCCUCCCGCUGCCUGCUCCUCCGGAGGAAAAUGGCGGAGAACGCAGUCGAAAGCACAGAGGUGAGCAGUGCCCCCCCUCAGCCCCCUCAGCCUGUCAUCCCAGCCAAGCCUGUGCAAUGUGUCCACCACGUGUCCACACAGCCCAGCUGCCCAGGACGGGGCAAGAUGUCCAAGCUGCUGAAUCCCGAGGAGAUGACAUCAAGGGAUUACUAUUUUGACUCCUAUGCUCACUUUGGGAUCCACGAGGAAAUGUUGAAGGAUGAGGUGAGGACCCUCACGUACCGGAACUCCAUGUACCAUAAUAAGCAUGUGUUCAAGGACAAAGUGGUGCUGGAUGUCGGGAGUGGCACAGGGAUCCUCUCCAUGUUCGCUGCCAAAGCAGGGGCCAAGAAGGUGUUUGGGAUCGAAUGUUCCAGUAUUUCUGACUACUCGGAGAAGAUCAUUAAGGCCAACCACCUGGACAAUGUCAUUACCAUAUUUAAGGGUAAAGUGGAGGAGGUGGAGCUGCCUGUGGAGAAAGUGGACAUCAUCAUCAGCGAGUGGAUGGGCUACUGUCUGUUCUAUGAGUCCAUGCUCAACACGGUGAUCUUUGCCAGGGACAAGUGGCUGAAACCUGGAGGGCUUAUGUUUCCAGACCGGGCAGCUUUAUACGUGGUAGCAAUUGAAGACAGACAGUACAAGGACUUCAAAAUCCACUGGUGGGAGAACGUCUAUGGCUUUGACAUGACCUGUAUCCGGGAUGUUGCCAUGAAGGAGCCCCUGGUGGACAUCGUGGACCCAAAGCAAGUGGUGACCAAUGCCUGUUUAAUAAAGGAAGUGGACAUUUACACUGUGAAGACGGAAGAGCUGUCCUUCACAUCUGCCUUCUGCCUGCAGAUUCAGCGCAAUGACUACGUCCACGCCCUCGUCACCUACUUUAAUAUUGAAUUUACCAAGUGCCACAAGAAAAUGGGUUUUUCUACAGGUUGCAAAGCUCUGCUACUGCUCCAGCACCAUGCCUGUCUGCUUUCCACCAUGAUAAUCAUGGACUCACCCUCUGAAACUCCCCUGAUGCCCCCUACACCCACUGGAAGCAGACCGUCUUCUACUUGGAAGACUACCUCACUGUCCGGAGGGGGGAGGAAAUCUAUGGGACCAUAUCCAUGAAGCCAAAUGCCAAAAAUGUGCGAGACCUCGAUUUCACAGUAGACUUGGAUUUUAAGGGACAGCUGUGUGAAACAUCUGUAUCUAAUGACUACAAAAUGCGUUAGCACAUGUGGGAAGCUGCAGAAAGCAAGCGAGAAGAGGCACUCACUUCAGCCUGCCACGCUGCCCAAGGAAUACUGUUAGGAGGACCACACUCGACAACCAGAGCUUUCCACUCUGCCUUGAAGAUUGGUGAACUUGCCAGGGCUCUCCGGAGCCCCACCAUGACGGGGAGCCUCCAGCUCCUCUGCUCUGCCCCCGGAGCCCUUCACAAAGGCUUUGUUGUCGCCUGGUGUGCAGUGGUGGGGGCUCCGAGGAUGGAAACAUACCCAUGUGCCCCCACUGUCCUCCUAAACUGACUCUAUGGAUCUUCCAAGUUUUGCAUGCUGCAGACAUCUAGGACAGAUUGCUUCCACUAGAACCUGGAGACAUAGUGUCUUUGAUAGCAUAAGCCAGAUUUUCCGUCUGUGCAGUGGUGUAUGUGUGUGAGAGUGUGUGUGUAUGUGUGUGUGAGUGUGUGCGUGCGCGCACAUGUGCUAGUGUGUGUGCACACAGCAUAUAUAUUAAUUUCCUUGCCCACAAACAUCUGUAUAUGCAUGCAUAUACAACUAAGUGGGCAGACUUGGGCGUUCAUUCUGAGGGGUGUGUGUGCAUGUGUAUGCGCGAGUGUGGAUGUGUGUGCCUAGAAUCUAUAUUACUCUCAGAGGAGGUUCUGUUGCUUUUGAAUAGGAAUUUGUUUCGUGAUUAGUUUUCCCCAUCCCCAUCCCUUAACAGAUGUUACGCAGCUAUGAAACAUUCUGUGUUCUAGCUCUGGUCUCGUUUUGACUAGACUGUGGCUCUGAAUCCUGAGCACAGUACCACGGGCUCUGUGGGCGCUCAAUAAACACACAUGAGAACGAA